GAAGAGAGAUUAUCAAGGCCACUGGAUUUGCUGGGGUGAACGAUAAGAUACCGGAGCAAACGGGCGCCGAUUAGCGCGCCGAGGAACCGAUCGCAGAGACACGCGACUCGGGUCCAGAGAGAGAGAGAGAGAGAGAGAGAGAGAGUUGAAGGAUGUCUGGAUUUGGUGACUCGUUCGGAGCUGAAGGAGACGAUCCGAGACCCGCCGCGUCGACUCGACCUUUCGAUGACGACGGAUACCUAGGGUACGAUCCUCGCCUCCCUUCACAGCGCUUCGACGCCUUCUCCAAUUUCACCGACAAUGAUUCCAACAAGGAUCCGGUCGACGACUCGUCUUCACCCGUUUUCAACUCGGCGGCCUACACCGAGUUAGACGACGCGUUUCCAUCCCAGGCCGGACCCGAUACACCUCCUCCUCCUCCCCCUCCGAUCUACGGCAGUGGGGGCGGAUUCUCAACUUUCUCUCCGGAAUCAAACGGGAAGGCGGCCUUUGAUGGGGUUUUUGCAGCAGAGUCCGACGGUCCGAACCUUCCGCCUCCUUCUGAGAUGCAGCCCGAGGAAGGCUUCAUACUCCGCGAGUGGAGACGACAAAAUGCUAUACGCCUUGAGGAGAAGGAAAGGAGGGAGAAAGAAUUGUUGGCACAGAUAAUAGAUGAAGCAGAUGAAUACAAAGUUGACUUCUAUAGGAGGAGGAAGCUCACUUGUGAGACAAACAAGACAAAUAAUAGAGAAAAAGAGAAGCUGUUUCUGGCCAAUCAAGAGAAAUUCCAUGCAGAAGCAGAUAAGCAAUACUGGAAGGCAAUUGCAGAGCUCAUUCCUAAUGAAGUUCCGAGUAUUGAAAAGAAAAGAGGAAAGAAGGAUCAGGAGAAGAAAACGUCAAUCCUUGUGAUCCAAGGGCCGAAACCUGGCAAGCCAACUGACCUCUCAAGAAUGCGCCAGAUACUCCUGAAGCUCAAGCACACACCCCCACCACACAUGAAGCCCCCACCUCCAGCAGCACCGGCUCAGCCUGCCAAAGAUGCUGCUAAGACUACCUCUACUGCUGCGCCCUCCAAGGCGGCUGCUGUAGCUGUCGCUUGAGGUGUCUGAUAUACUUUCCAUUGGUCUUGCUAUUGUAUGUUUAAAGCAUAGGAUGUUUUAAGUAUGUGUUUGUUUGAGAUGCUACUGAGAUGGUCUGGAGUCUAUACAUGCGUGUGGUAGUUUAUCUGUUCCUUUUUGGAUACUGGAUUUUGUUGAUGUUGGAAAUCUAUGAAUAGUGGUGUAUUUUCA